CGCUUCAGAGGGAAGAAGGGCACCAAUCAACGCACUUUACAAUCCUUCCCAGGCGCUCGACAGCAAAGGACCGCAGAGGCUCGCACAAUGAAAAGCGCUCACUCUUUGGCAGGAGUCCUGCUCCUCAUCGUGAUCCAGAGCAGCUGGCAGUUGCCGGACCGGGACGCGGAGCGGAACCCCAUUCGGUUGGCGGAAGAUUCCCUGGUGGCCAAACCCAUUCAGCCCCCAAACAUGAAGAGACAUUCGGAGGGAACAUUUUCCAACGACUACAGUAAAUAUCUGGAGACGAGAAGAGCUCAAGAUUUUGUCCAGUGGCUAAAGAACUCAAAAAGAAACGGGAGCCUGUUUAGACGGCAUGCAGACGGCACCUACACCAGCGAUGUGAGCUCGUACCUGCAGGACCAAGCGGUCAAGGAGUUUGUGUCUUGGUUGAAGACUGGCCGAGGCAGAAGAGAGUGAACCCGGCCCACGGCUCCCUUAAAUAAUGCAGCGAUUCACACCGACUCCGUGCUAUUAUAUGUCUCACAAACUGUACUAGAGGUUUUUUUUUCCUGGUCGUGCUAUAAAAUUCCCGUGAUGAGAAGCUCUGUCGGCCUUCAGUGGCUGAAGGCGAUGUUGUCAAAAUGCCAAAAGGAACAGUGUGUUUGAAAUGAGUCUCAGUCCUAAAUGCUGUGUGACUAUUUUAAUUCAUCAAGCAUUUGCACCAUAAUUGUUUGUUUCAGUUUUUGGCAAAUCUUCAUUCUCGCAUAAAAUCUGUAACAAUAUGUUCCAAUCACAUUAUUGAUCUAAAUGCAACUUGGCUAAUUAAAUCUGUAGAUACUCCCAAUGCCUUUUAUUAAUAUUCUGAUGAAAGUCCUAUUUAGUUUUCAAU